AUGCGUCUCUCCUCCAGGGGGGUCCAGGGGGGUCCAGGGAGGUCCAGCGGGUUUGGGGCCUCAUUCCUGGGGUUGGGACCUCCAGGGACCCUGCUGGUCCUGGAGCUCUGGGACCCCAGUUUGAGGCCUCAGAAGUCGGGUUGGAGACUUCCAGACAUAACCCCUGGUUCCUACAUUGACCACAAAGGGCCUAUAAAGCGCGGGCCCCCGCUCGACCCCGCCCGUGGUCGAGUGGUUAAGAUACGUCCAGUGACAUACCCCCUGGUCCUGGAGCUCUGGGACCCCAGUUUGAGGCCUCAGAAGUCGGGUUGGAGACUUCCAGACAUAACCCCUGUUUCCUACAUUGACCACAAAGGGCCUAUAAAGCGCGGGCCCCCGCUCGACCCCGCCCGUGGUCGAGUGGUUAAGUGGCGUGGGUUCGAUUCCUGCCCGGGGACCAUGCGUCUCUCCUCCAGGGGGGUCCAGGGGGGUCCAGGGAGGUCCAGCGGGUUUGGGGCCUCAUUCCUGGGGUUGGGACCUCCAGGGACCCUGCUGGUCCUGGAGCUCUGGGACCCCAGUUUGAGGCCUCAGAAGUCGGGUUGGAGACUUCCAGACAUAACCCCUGGUUAUAGGGGGCCCGCCCGUGGUGUAGUGGCUAAGGUUGGAGGCCUCCUUCCCUGGCUAAAUACCUCCAGUGACACGCCCCUGGUCCUGGAGGUCUGGGAUCCCAGUUGGAGGCCUCCUUCCCAGGUUGGAGGCCUCCUUCCCUGGUUAAAUACCUCCAGUGACACCCCCCUGGUCCUGGAGGACAACCCGUGGUGCACUUUGGCUGCCGCGGGGCCUCGGGCUUUCGUUAUCAUCCUCAUCGCUUGGGGAAGAUUUCGAUCGUUUGUCAAUGGGUCUCUGGGUUACCCUCCGGACCCUCUGCCUCAUCUCCCCUGGAGGCAGAUGCGGGCGCUCCUUCACUCACUUCUCCGCUGGAGGCAGAUUGUGACCGUUUGA